GCUGUAUCUAGCUCAAAAUCCCGCAGUCUCAUAUCCCUCGUCUAUAUUCUUCCUCUGCAUCCUUUCUCUGCAUCUCGCCCGCCUUCGUAUCUCCCUCUACCACACAACCCAUUCCUGACAACCUCAAUCAUCAUGUCUGACAUCCGCCCUCAAUUCUUCAUUGUCCGCGAGGAGGGCACCAUCACUCCUCUCGUGGCUCUCGAUGAAUUGCCCAGCGACCUCACCGUUCGCGGAGUGCCUCGCAACAUGAACCCCGCUGAAACUCGCGGCAUGACCAGCCUGGGCACCAUGCCUUCUCGCGGCGCCUUUUACAUUGUCGAGAGCUUAAACGACCGUGUUGGCAUCACAGAAGUGACUGAUGAUUCGUUCGCCAUUACCCCGUUCACUGGGGGUGACGCUGGGAAGGGGAAGAAUCGUGUUUCUGAGAAGAAGGUGAGUCCACCUACUUCAUCAGUAUCCUGACUACUAAUCACAACUGUACUUAAAGGCAAGCCCCAGUAAACAGGAGAAAAUAUACUGUUCCUACUGGAUCCGUCGUGGCGAGUGCGACUUUGAACAACAAGGUACGUACAAUCAUCACCCAGUUUGCUGUCUCAUCUAACAUUCUCUAGGCUGUCGUUUUAAGCACAUAAUGCCGAAGGACCUGGAAACGCUUCAGUCCAUCGGCCUGAGCGACAUCCCUCUAUGGUAUCGCGAGAAGCAUAACGUCGCAAGUCUGCGCUCGGGAUCACGCCCUACCUUCGUC